AUGUAUGUAGCUACAGUCGCUCUUGUUUUCAUUCUCAAUUCUUCGAUCGAUCUGACAACUUCACAGGCUUUAGUUGGUGAGUUUACAAACUCCUUUUACCUUUAAAUACCGUUUAAUUUAGAACGAAGUGGAUGACAGAUCGGGCAAAUUUUCAGUGAACGAAAAUGACUGAAAAAAAAAGAAAGAAGAAGGAAAAGAAAGAUGGAAGGAAAAUAACAAAUUUAAAAAUGCUACUUUUGAGAUUUUUCUGUCCUAAGGUUGCUGAAUCAUAAGAUAUAUACAAUGCAAAUCAGUAUUUUUUUUUUGUACGGAUCUCAUUACGCAAAGUAGUGAAGUGUGAACUUCUCGUAAAAAAGGGCCGCCGAACGUAUACUAAGAAUGGCCAGCCUGGAUAUACUGCCAUAAAAAAGUGAUAACAAAUGACUAUUUGCAAGAGUCUAAACUUACAGAAACUAAAAGUUCACUAAAGCACAAUUAACAGAUCGUUAAUUAAUUAUUAGUCGAGGUCAUUAACAUUACCAUUAUUUACUAAAGCUUCAAAACAUACCUCCAGUGGGAGACUCAUUUCAGCUGCGAUAUUUAUGUUAAAUAAACUUGCGUCUUAAUUGCUUGUAUAAAAUAUUAAUGCCACCACCAAGGGUAGGGAAUUACUCAUGAAAAUCUUUCAGUUAGAAAAUAAACAUCUUUUUUUUCAAAAGAGAAAAAACAGGCAUAUUGAUGAGAUGUAUUUUGGGUGUUAAUUAGGUGGGAUAAAUUUUGGAUCAAUCCGACUGUACAGGCCUAGGGAUUGAGCUAUUGCAGGUGGCUAUGGAGAGUUUGCAAGGAGAUAAAUGCUUGAAUCUCAACUAUCACUAAGUUAGAAUUUCGGCAAUAUCUCAGCUACCAGAGUUAAAUUUUCAGCAAGUACUUACUAACUGUAAAUUCUAUGGAUCUCCGAUCUCAGCUGGAUCUCAGCCCUUUUUUCCAGCUGAUAGCUAAAAUUUUGACCAUUUCUCAGCUACCGGUUAAACCCAACCAGGACAAGCAGAGGCUGUAACGUGGCCAUGACUGAUCAAGGGGCACGUUUUACAUUAACAAAUCGUAGCCCGCGAACAAGCUCCCAAGUGGAGCAGGGUGAAAAGAAAAAUCGGCGAGCGAAGUGAGCAGAGAGUGGCCUGGGGAGAAAAGAGACGUUUAUUUUUCUCCCCAGGCCACGCUCGACUCCGUUACGCGCCGAAUUUUUUUUUUGCCCAACUCCACUUGAGAGCCUGUUUACCUUUUGUUGAGUUUUUGCUGUUAGAAUCCUAAGUUAAAAUACAGUAAUUACCUUUGAAAUACUUUGGCAAAAAUAAGACUGUCGCAUACUGAUUUUGUCUGUUUGUUUGUUUUCCACACAUCAUUUGUAUGCAUAAAUAUUUUGACACCAUUUCAUGGAACGAUAAAGAUGGUAGAUGCUCAUUCGUCAAGGUUCUAGCCGUGAAAUAUGACAAAUCAUUGGAAGGACAAGUGCUUACGUCAUAUCCAGUUGAAAAGGAGGACGACUGCCAACUCAGAUGCUUCCAACACAGACUGUGUGUAUCGUAUAACCUAGGGCCUUUGGUAGAGGGUGUCAUAAGGGACUGUCAAAUCAGCAAAUCAGAUGAGUUUAGGGACCCACAGAACAUGACAAAUAGGCCAAACUACUUAUACCGUGGAUUAAAGGUACAUUUGACUUGUACUUAAAAUUAUUUGCACCUCGGGCAGUUAGCCUGCGAACAGCAGACGCGUUUCUGGUCGUGGCUUCUCUCCCUCCGAAAAAUUUCUGAGGGUAGCGACGACCGGAAAUGUGUCUUCUGUUCGCAGGAUACGGGCAGUGGGCAGUGUUCCUUAAUUGGCCUAGGGGUGAAUUUUCACUAUCGGGUAAUUUUUAUGUGCGUAUGUAGAAUAAAAACGAUUUUUGAAAGGCCACACGUAAACGUAAAAGUUGAGCGAGGUUCAACAUUAAUUUACACGUGACAUUUACGCGGGGAAAAAUUACGCGACAGUGAAAAACCACCUUAAACUAGUACCUGCAUCUCUGCCCCACAUUUGCAUUCUCAAAGAGGGUGUACUAUAGUCAAUUCUCUCAUAGUGACCACCUUCUAUAAGCAACCACUUUUUCGUGCUCUAAGGGUGGUGGCUUACGAGAGUUGACUCAUGUAUAGGCUUUGUAAUGGUCUUUUUGGUCAUGUGAUAAUUAUAAUCUAGAGAACUAUUUAUUUCAGUCUUGUACGUUAUUCAAGUACAUUUCUCAAACUCAUUAAUAAUUCAUAAAGAAAAUUCAAAGGAAAUUAAUGUUUAAUGAGUGUUUGGAUAUCAGAUGAAAAACUGCUCAUUUUUGCAUCCUUAAUUUCUCCUUCAAAAAUGAUUUUGGUUGAGAAGAAAUAUCAAACAUUCGACACAGUGUUUCAUCACCAGAUGAAACACCUCGAAGUUCGUCAAAAAUACUCCGCUGCGCGUCGUAUUUUCAACUCGCUUCUCGGUGUUUCAUCUGGUGAUGAAACACUGCAUCUCGUGUUUGAUAUAUUACAUGAACGCACGACUUCUGAUAAAACGACAAAGAAAGACUUACAGCCUCAAGACCUUCCUUCGAAACACAGCACACUAAACAGGGUGUUCUCACUAUUAAUUUAACCUCUUGCAUAUGGUGCCACUCGACUGGGACUGCCUAAGUGUUGAACAGGGUGAUACAUUUUAAAAAGCUCAUCUCAUUUUGUAUUGCAACGGCUACAGUGAGAUUUUCUCAAUCUUGAGCAUUUAUAAAAAAAACCGCAAAGUGGUCUAAAAUAGCCUCAGCAUUAAUGGCAAGUAGAGAUAGGCUUAGCGAGGUCUUUACUACGUACAUCAAGUACAUCAUAUCAGGGUUUAAGGUCGUGUUCUAUUGGGACCAGCCAUUUCAACAGAAAACGGUUUUGGUUGAUUUGGUUGAAGUUCCCAAUAGAACACAUUUCCAACCGAUUUUGGUUGAAACGCAAAUGGGACUGGGUUUAUAAUUAGUGAUUUCCAGACUUCUUUGACUUCUGUCGUAAAGGUUGUCAACAUAUUGGCGAAAGGCAGAAUGGUUGCUACGGCUCUUCUUCAACACGUGACCUAAAACAACGCUUCAGUGCUAGUCUGAUGAAAAAAGAUGAUGAUCAUGAUUGGGAAUAUGUAGCAUAACUGUUGUUGGAGACUAAGGAGAAACGUGAACUUCGCAUACACUAUUUUUGAGAAUAAAAAGAUUCGAGUUAUGAUAGUAAAAUAUUAAAGUCUGUGAAGCAUUGGUUAUAGUUUAGAUUUUAAAACAUUGUUCCUUUUCUCCAUUCAUUUUACAAAGUGCUUUUGAAGUUGCAUAAAGAUCUCUAUCGUAGUAUGUUUACCGGUACCUCUCAGUUCAGUUUCGUGAGACCCAUGCGAACAUUUCGUUCACGGAAUAAGUUUUAGCACGAAAUUCGCAAAAAACACUACCCAUUGUUUUCAACCAUUUCAACCACGUUCUGAGCUGAUUGGAAAAGUUGAUCAACCACUGACCAACCAAAAACGGUUUUUUCAAAUAGAACACGAAAACACCCGACCAACCCAACCAACCAAAAAAAGGUUGUUCUCAAUAGAACACGACCUUUAAAUUUCUUUAUAGCGUGUGCUCGUCUUGUAUAGUUCUGAAUUCAUCAACGGAAAUUAUAUAGGCAGAACUCUAAACCCCUGAAAAGCUCAUCUCUCCAGGAUUGGAUCUGGUGUUGGAGAUAUAAAUGACGCAUUGAAAUGAUUUUUGUAUCCCGGCUGUUAUUCUUUUCUUUUGAAUAGAAUUCUUGCUCCAGAGGACCUUGCGUUAAAAACGCUUCAUGCGUUCCAAACUUUGAGUCUGAUGACUUUCAAUGUGAGUGUCCUUCAGGCUUCACAGGAGAGGCCUGUGCUGUUGGUGAGUAUGUUGGUUCGAUCGUCGAAUGAAGUCGACGAAGACCGCUUCAUUCAUCUAGGGGUAGUUUCUGUUGUUGUUGUUGAUGAGUUUGAAGAAGGGAUUCGAUGGCUGGGCAAAUGGCCGACAAGGCCAAUCCUUCCUGGAGAAUCUCAGUAAAUUAGAGGUAUUAACGGUUAACGGUUAUUCCCAGAGCACGCCUUCCAGCUUGCUCGCAUCGAGCUGGCAGGCUUAACUGAAGUAAGAUCUAGAGAAUCAAUACUUUGAAAUAAUUCAAUAGUUGUCAUCGGUUUAGACCUCCGUGACCUUCUUCAGGAUAGGAAAAAGGGGUGAAAUGCGUAUAGAAUCGAACCUCCACUAACGGCCCCCUUUUCACAAAAGUCACCACUCUACAGUUGCCUUUUUUUUGGCGGACAGUCCACACAUUUGCUCUUGUUUCAACCUCUCUACAACGGCCACCUCCCAACGGCCACUUUCGUCCUUCCCUAAGGUGGCUGUUGUAGAGGUACAACUUUCAGUGUAUAAGACCCAUCAGCCUCGAGACGUGGAAUGUGGUGGUCUUGGAGGGAAAAUAAAGAAAAAAAUGAGCAUGAGCGAAAUAACCUAGUUGUGCAAGAAAAGGAAGGGGAGUGGGGGAAGUAAAAAUUAAAUCAGGGGCGGAAGGAGGAUUUUGUGAUAGAGGGGGCCUAAAGAUAUAGUAUAUAGUGGUAAUAUGGGCCCGAUAGCGCCCAUCAGGACGCUUAAAUUUAGCAAAUGCCUGGAUUCUACAUUUAACCUGUAAUGCUGAAAUAUUUAAUAAACCACAGGUGUGGUUGUGGCCAAAGAAGCAAGUAACACUUUAGCAGGGACCGAAGCGAUCGCGGCGAGAGCACACGCAACCUCCCGACAAAGGCGGUAAAAUUGUCUCCCUGAAAAAUUGUCAAAUCCAGUUUGUUUGAGACGGAUAUUUACUGCAUGCAUUCUGGGAGCUUUGGUCAUGUGCGACUAAAAAUGUAGGCUUCGAACCAUAACCAUAACCAUAUUCAUUAAAGAAAAUAUAUUUAGGCAACAAAGCUCAAAGUACCAACCGACACGUUUACAAAAGACAAAAAAUCCAAGGACAAAAAUGGGGGCCGAGGCCCCCAGGGCCCACCCCUAAAUCCGGCCUUGAAAAUAUUGUGUUCGGAGCUAUUGGAGGAGCUAGUGGCCUCCAAACCCAUGGCCAAUUUUAUGCACGAUUUGUGUGGCAAUGCAAUGUGCAACAAAAGCGGUAGUAAAUGGGAUUUGCAUAAUUCUAAUUACGGCUUAGUGAUUUAUAAUUCACACGGGAGUGAACUUUUAUUCAUUAACCCAUAAACACUUUUUUAGUCUUCAUUUAACUAAUCAAAAAGCAUAACAUUCAUUGAUCUGUUAAACCGAUUUGACCACCAACAGUACGUCACCUUAUCCUUAUGAGAUUCUACAGCACAGUUAUUCAUAAGAUAAGGACAAAAGGCUUAAUGUGUUCUACCGCACGAUAAUGAUAUUCCACCGCAGCAGAAAACAGAGUAACUGGUCCCCACUAUACUACUUAGUGAGAAAAAUGAAUUGCCUAAGCUACUCCCCCAAGCAACGGUCUGGUCAUUGUUGACUAACCUGUUACAUUUUCCAGUCCUAUUUUGACUUGACUUGGUGAUUUUCAUUACAGAUGUUGAUGAGUGUGCGAAACAGUUGGACAGCUGCCACUACUAUGCCCACUGUAACAACACUUUGGGCUCGUAUGAAUGUCUUUGCAAAGAUGGUUUUACUGGGAACGGUCGCCUGUGUGUUGGUAAGAAUUCAAUUGGGGAGUGCCCUUUGCUACCCCCUGUAAGCUUUAUAGGAAACUAAGACUGCUGGCGGUCUUGUCUUUAGUAAUCAGGUCUCGGCCCGGUUAUCAGUGUUAUAUUAUUUUGACUGACUAAGUUUUGUUAAACCCAGUUAAGGGCAUAACUGUUUCGGUGUUCCUAACUUUGAUGAAACACAGAAAUCAGCGCAAUGACUUCCAAAAGAACUUAUAACAAAAUGAAAAAAAAAUCUAUUUUGGGAACAAGGUAUAGUUCAGUUCCCCCCUCGGAUAUUUUCGCUCAUACCAGUCCUGCCAAGCCUUGACUUGACUGACUCAAAUCAGAUUGCCCUGCUGGUAAUCUAAACAGCAAAUUAACGAGGACGCAUUUGGAUACAUAGUAUCUAUUCUGUCCCUUCAAAUGCACCAAACUCUGGGAACCGCAGGGACCGAUUCUUGUGGCUCCCAUCUAUGUAAAGUUAAAUUCGACAUAAUUGUGGGGCAGCAGUUUGUUUUUCUGCGCUUGGAUAUGCGAGGUGCAGUAAGUAGCUUGAAGGGUCAGUAAAAUGUUUCACCUGUCAAGGUAUUUUUACUUGCAUUUGCUGUUACUUGCGGAUUGCAUUCUCACCUCGCUGGUGACAGAUCUUUACCGACUUUUUCCUCCUAUUUAGUAAGAAUAUGUUAAUCCGUGUUAGGGUUGCCAUGGAGACCUUCGUGCACCUGACGGCCUAUCAACCCACCCACCCUACCCUCUACGGCUGGGGGUACGGAAAAAAAGAAGGCUUAUGGCACGAACUAGAAAAACAUUUACUGAUUUGAAUAAACCACUUCCUAGUAUAAGUAGUCAGGGCAUUGGCAUAGAAAAGGACUUAAAUAAGAAAACACUAAAACAUGUAUUGUCACAAAAUUCCAGUUUUCCUCAGAAUUAGAAAUCUUAUUUUGUACAUUUCUGAUCUGGAACAGGAAAAAAAUUUUACAAUUUAAUCUACUAACAACUACGGUUUACUUCAAACAGACAUCGAUGAAUGCACCAGAACCCUUCACAAUUGCCACCAUCCCAACGCAACGUGCAUUAACACCGUUGGCUCGUUUAGUUGUACAUGUAAACCUGGGUUUGAGGGAGAUGGAAUAACUAUAUGUGAAGGUAAAGAACUACCUAAUCAGUAAACUAUUUUUAUUCAUUCAAAGUUAAUUUCUACGUUUUCCCAGGGCUAAUUUUUCAUAACAGUCAUUGCAAUCACUUGGGGCAAGUUUGAAAUCUGUCCAGACCAGCAGUUCAUCAAAGUUUAUCUCUGGUUGUUUGUAACUUAAAUUCCUGAGAGACAUAUUUUUCCUCACAAAGCCGUAUUUACGGGUAAUUCUUUUGCUUAUUAUAAGUUCCAAAGCGUGUACGGCCAAAUAAUUGGUAAUACUAAACAGAUGGACUAGAUUGCCGUGACAGGCCAACCUUCAACGCAGCUCGGUGUUCAGAUUUGGUGUUGGAUUGGAUGUCACUAUCCUUAAGGUCUUUUUUCUAGUUUUUUGAAGACAUUUUUCUGAAAGUAGUUUUUUGUAAUAAUCAAAUCGGUUUUUCUAACGAAUAUUUCCCGAUUCCAUUAACCUCUCGUAGAAUGUCGAACACCUCUGGGCAUGGAAAGCCUUGCGAUCGCUGAUGCUCAAAUUAGCGCCUCUUCAGAACAUAACGCCAGCUAUGCAGCAAGUCAUGCCAGACUGUAUUAUAAAGGAGGCUGGGUAGCAGCCACGAAUGAUGAAAACCAAUGGCUUGAGGUGGAUAUGGAAAGCCAAUUAACUAGGGUGGCACGUAUAUCAACACAGGGAGCCCAUGGUGAUGGCUCGGCCUUUGGAUGGGUGACCAGUUAUCAGCUGCAGUUUAAUAGCGAUGGAGUGAAUUUUCAAAAUUACACCGAGCGAGAAAACGCCAAGUGUACAGUAAGACGUUAAUGCUUCUUUGUUUCCAGUAAAUUUUAAUUACCUUCUUUGCAUUAUGACCUCCAAAUUGUAGGCAAAGGUCUCCUACUGACGAGGCGAGUGCAAGGCACUCUCCUUUAAGCGCUAGUUCACAGUAUCCAGGUUAUAUGGCUGCGCGCACGCGUAAGGUACUGGCCAUGCCGCGGAGUUGGUAGUAUGUGAUUCAGGGAUGAAUUUGGUCUUGUAUAACAUCGUAGGCCUACACAAAUUUUUAAAACCACGGACAUAUUAUGACUCAAAUUUGAUCUACUAAAGAUUAGAGAAAAGUUAAGACUUACUUUAACAAGGAGGCCUUUAAGAACGUCCAAUCUCCUUUGGUCUUUACUUUUGUGAAUGCGACCCCCUGUCCUCUAAAUCUGAGAUAAUAUGAUGUAAAUCGACUCAUAACCUCGUGGUAGCGCAAAAACGUGACUCCAGAGUUACCUUUUUCCUUCUUUUCUUUCCUUCGCUAAGGUUAUGCAGUACAAGGAGUAUUGUAAAAUCUGACUAAAUCUUACUUUUGCCGCUCUGAGUCUAACAUUUAUUAGAGGUCAUAAAGCUUUCCUUGUGUUUCGUGCAGAUCGAGUAAUUAUCGGGUCACCCUGCAGUCAAGGUUAACUUUCCACAAUUUGGAAAGUACAAUGUGACUGGCUAAGCUUGGGAAAGGAAUGUUAUUCUCGGUUGAGCAGGCGUUUGUGGGGAGGGAUGAAACACGAGCUCCCCUAAAAACGCCUGCGUGGGAGGCUACGAAACAGCGAGCACAAGUUAAUCUUUUACCAUUUUCUUAUUUAGGAGUUCACUGCAAACUCAGAUCAAGACUUGGUUGUCACUUACGACUUAAAUCCUCCAAUCAGGGCACGUUAUAUCCAUUUUCGACCAACAACCUGGCAUCAGAACAUAUCAAUGAGGGUGGAAUUGUACGGUUGUCGAGGUAACUACCAGUCAUUCAAUUACCACUUCAUUCUUUAUUGUUUUUCGCUCAUGCAGAAUCCAUCUUUAACAAAUCUGAAAUACAAGUCAUUCACUACAGGUUUUCUCACUAAUUUCUUAUUGGCAAUUUGCUCUAAUAAUUUAGACUGGAAUAAGAUUUGCUGUUUAAUUUUACCCAAGUGAUAGCAUGUUAAGCUAUGUUAAAGUAACAUUGAGCAAGAUUGGUGGUUGUGGCAUUUACCAUGAACAUCUUAUAGUAUGAGCGUAGCUACAUGCGCACGAGUUGGUAUCUGAACUUACAAUGAAAAAAAUAAAAGUAGACAAACAAAGCAUUAACGGGGAAAAACAGAAUUUGAUAUACGGAAGUCGAAAUUCAGGGGUUAGUUGGACCGUUUCACGGUUAUUUCAACCUUUGACUUUUUGGACAAGUUAAGGAAAAUCCGUCAAUUUCGCUGGAAAGAGCGUCUUCAUUGACUAGUAGAAAUAUUGUAUACUUCAGCCUUUUUCACGUUGUUUGAUCAGUCUUUGCGGUAGUACUCUUUUUAACUUUAAUUCUUUUAAAAUAAGGAUUCAUAUUUUACUCUUGUUAACUGUUUUUAAAUGACUUUACAAACUAGAAUGCAGCUGAAGCUUUUCCAAUUUUGCCACGUGCGUACACGAAGGCCAUCACUGUUUCUUCCAUACAAAUGAUCAGCGAGAUGUUUAACUCAUCAAAGUGAUGACUAACUUAAAAUUUAAUUAAGGCACUUGUGUGUGGAAACUAUCUGGAGGACAAUGUAUGGCGCAUUUGGACAACCGUGCGUAACUCUGAGAAUUCAGUCCUUGUUACGCCUCUUUUAUAUAACUAACUCCAAACCAUCGUCAGAGAAGCCUGCAUGCGAAAACAACCGUCUGGGCGAGUCGCUGACCUCGCCGCUGGGGACGUUUCGCCAGAAGGGACAUCAGCGCCUCAGCGACAAAAAUUCCAUACUAAUGAUGUAAAAUCUGUCCAAAUUCUGGUCAGGAGUUCUGAUUGGUCGACGUAGUAGCUUAUUAUUUCAGUUAUUGUUUGCAAAUGACAGACAAACGACAUACGGUCGCUUAGAUGUAAAUGAAUCUACAACAAAACAGUCAAUAUUCGUGGGCAUUCGAUCCUCUUGAGAAAAAGCAUUUGCUGGAGCUUGUUCGCUAAAAGAACAAAAACCUUUAAAUUUACCAUAAUCGACCAGGAUUAAGAUUUUUUGCUAAAGAACGAAAACCUUUACAUUUACCAGAAUAGACCAGGAGAAACACAAAAUCGAUAAUGACCACCGGAUUCAACUAUGAAAACAUUGAGUUUUGUCAUCAGUAUAUGGAAUUUCUGUCGCUGAGGCAUAGACGUCCUUCCUGGCGAAACGUCCCUACUGGCUAGGGACGAGGAGAGUCGGCUAGCUCCCCAAUUAACACAACUCUUCGCGAAAGAAUAAAAAUUUCUAAAUCAUGUGUAUUAUAUCGAGAGUUUUAACUCAGACUUUGAUUUUUUUCCCUUAGACUGCCACGCAGCGUUAGGAAUUGCAGACGGUACCAUACCUGAUGACAAAAUGUUUGCGUCUUCAAUCUCGUCCGAGAAUGACAAUGCGCACCUGGGCAGACUAAAUUUAAGAGGAGCUUGGUCAGCGGCUGUAAAUGAUCUUAAUCAGUACCUUGGCAUUGAUUUGAGCGAGGACUUCACCGUAACGGGUAUAGCAACACAAGGGAGCAGCGACAAGGCCACAUGGGUAACCAAGUACACCCUACAGUACAGAGCUGCCUCAGAUGAUCAUCCCCGCUACUACACAGAGAUCAUGCAAGGACAAGAACGGAUGAAGGUAAACUCACUGAAUGGUUAUUUGAGCAUCAUCAUGAUCAUUUAUACGACACAACCUACAAGGCGUGACGAUACAACUUGGGUCAAAGACAUCAUUAAUGUACAUGUGCUAUGGUCGGUCGAACGUUUUCCUUCUUUCCCUCCAAUGUUGGCCGCAAAAUUGGACAAACUGAUCAUGAGCUGAAAAAAAAAAACAUUCCUCAACAACAUUGGGAGGAAAGUUUGAUUGUGCUCAGGGCAGUGUAUUAAUUUUUUGUUUUUUUGAGAAAGGUAUUAUGCUCCUUAAAGGUCACGAUCGUAGCACUGGACGAAAAAACGGAUUUACCUCUAUAGCAAAUUUGGAGCAAAUCAUCUGCAAAUGCCACAUUUGCUUAAUUUUGCUCAAUUUUGCCACAUGACAUAGGACCAACUUUGCCAUAAUUUUGCAUUAGUGGCAAAGGUGGUAAAUGCCGAAUUUGCCUCAAAUUUGCCCCGUGUGUAAAAACAAGGAUAACCUUUACUUUAUCAAGGCAUUUACAGGGGUGUCAAACUUGAUAGCAAAACUGACAUUUGUCAGGUUUUUGCCCAAAUGGGCAAAAGCGAUCGAAGAUGAAUUUUUGAAUGCUUUUGCUCUCUAUAGCAAAUUCGGUCAAAGUAGUAAUUUGCCACAUUUUUGCUCAAUGUAGCAAAAGUGACCAAAACUCAUUUUUCAACAGUUUCGCCCAGGAUAGUAAAUCUGAGCAAAAAUUCACGUUAUUUGUGUAUCGCCCAGUGUAGUAAAUGAGGUCAAAUUAUCACUUCUUCUGUAUCUUUGCUCAGUGUGGCAAAUAUGAUCUAAAUAGGCGUUUGCCACUGUUUUGCUCAGGGUAGCAAAUUUGGCCAAAUACCACUUUAUUCUCAAUUUUGCUCAGGAUGGCAGAUAUGAUCAAAACAGUAGUUUCCCAUACUUUUCCCAAUAGUAGCAAAGUUGAUCAAAUAUCAGUUCUUAUGUAUCUUUGCUCAGGAUGGCAAAUAUUGCUAUGAUAGCAGUUUUCCACACUUAAAGUAAGGUAAGCAAAGUUGAUUAAAAUAUCACUUUUUUACACUUUCACUCAAGAUAGCAAAUUUGAUCAAAACAUCAUUAUCCACAUGUUUCUUAUUUUUAUUUGGUACCAUAAAAUAGUAAUGACUGACAAACAAUUUAGACACCAAACAAAAUUUCAAGAAUAAAAUGACUUUAUUAUCUUUAAUAUACACUGUACAAUAAAAAGCAAGAUAAAUUAAAAGAAAGUUCCAUUGGCCUCCGCAGGGCACUACAUGUACCACAAAAUAUAUGCCUUUAAAUAAAAAGCACAUACAAUGUGAAACUAUCUACAUUCAUGAGUGUAUAAGAAUGCACAUUGGGUUUGAAAGUGCAAGUCAACACUAGCUGGUUCAUAAUUAUCCAAGGUUGGUACAGGUAAAACGUAACUCCAUUUGAGUGGUAUACUUCAAAUAUACUCUUUCUAGAUUCAAUUGAUACUAUUGGCAAAUGGUUGUACGAUGACCACACGUACACAUCACUCCCAAUGUAGAUGUGACAUCCUUACUAAUGGACAGAACAUCAACCACAGGAAAUAAAAUUAGCCUCAAAUUAUUAUGAUAAGCGAUAUUCCUCUAACUAUUAUUUAUAAGAACUUGUUUUCAUCUGAUAAAUAUUACCCACUACCCAAAAUAGGCAGUGAAUAAUAUUAUAUAGUGUACCUAGUGCUAUUCACUUACCCCAAGGGGAGAUACAUCUGUAUGAUUCAUUUUUAACCAAAUCAGUUAUAUAAAAAUAUUUCUUGUAAAUAAAAUGAGUUACUAUGCGAAAGCUCUGUGCAUUUCUAUGAUUUGGGUACAACUUUGAUAUAUUUUUACCCAGCAGUAAACACUUAUAAGGUUAAUUUUGUCACCUUUUUAGCAUGUACAUGUAUUUUAUUUUACAGGUGCUUCAUUUACUGCUAAACUUCUAAAACUAGCAUGAAAUGACACCCCCAUUUUACUCUCAUCCUAUAGGUAGCCAAAAGCUUUUCAAGUUAUGAAAGCAAAUCUGCUAUCCACUGAUUUGGUUAAAUACUUGUAUUAUUAUUAUUAUUAUUAUUAUUAUUAUUAUUAUUAUUAUUAUUAUUAUUAUUAUUAUAAUAUCACUGUAAAUAAUAUGAUUUGGUGAAAUUCUUGUACUAUUAUAUGACCAUAAAUAAUUUAUUACAUUUAUUUUUUUUUACUAAAAUCAAAUUAUUUGCUAAAAAUUUGAGCAAUUUAAAUUUUUUCUGAUUCACAUGAUCAGCUGUUUUGCUUGCAGUAUUGGACUGAUUAAAUAUCCAAAUUAUCCAAACACAAUCUAUACACUAUGAACGCUCUGUAGAACUUCUUUAAUUCAUCAUCAUUAUUAUUGUUAUUGGCAUGCAGGUGAUUAAAAUUUAAGCCAUGCUUAUCAAAAAACUGUUAUCACACACGGUAUUUUUUUUUUUGCAUAAAACAUAACCGCACUCUUUUUUCAUAAAAUAUGCCAAGAACAAAAUAGGAUCAUGGCAUUUGGAGUCCAGUAAUUACUCUACUAUGGGGUGUAUUGGCUAGAUUUAGUCCGCGGAGUGGCACUUUUUAAGGCAGUGCUUAGGGUAGCCCUAGGAUCUGUCACCACUGCGGAAAGUGGAUGCAGAUGUAUCUCCAAUUACAUAAUUAUGUUGGGUGAAUGGACACGACGACUGAAAAUACAGCUGCAUUUACAGGCUACUAGAUGGAAGGUUUUUAAAAUUCAGUAAAGUUGCCAAGUUACAGAGUGAUUCGGUGCAAACUAACAAGGACAGCUCUGCAAAGAUGGCAAAUUUUGCAGACAUUUGUCUGGUAAGGGAAAGUUUGUGGCUCCACCAUACCAUACAAAGGUCAUUGAGAUUAUGUGACUUUGUGUCAACACUUUAUUUCAAAUCGGACUAAUCACAAACAGCGUAAGAACCUAUCUAGCCAAUCACAAAACGCUGACAUACAUGCAUGUCUUUGUGACCCAGUGGAAUUCAAACAUGAUAUUGUGCACUAAUUCUCAGACGGCAUGCUCUAUACAGAAGGUUUAGAGUGUCUGCAACACAGGCAAGAUCUUCAUUGGAUUGUGACAAAUCACUUUGAGAUUUGGUAAUUUACCUAGUUUUAACGUGGCUCCUUCCCAUGGGUGUCAAAGGAUAUUCACUUACUACAUUGUAGGUCUUCAUCAAAUUCAAAAAAUUGUGCAAUUGUCUACUGAGUAAAUAUGGUUCUAGGAACUUAACUGAAAAGGAACUGAAUCAUGAUGCAUGUCAACUUCAACUUGAGUGUUAUUAUUAUUUUGUACAUUUUUAUCUAAAAUGUCUUCUUCUUUUCUGAAUGUUUUUCAAAACAUUAUCUGUGUUAUGCUUAUGAUCAAGUUCCUUUUGUUAUUGUACGUGGUGGGUGCCAGAGCAAACUUAGGAGCAUCAUCUAGCCUGGUGCUCCUUGGUUUGAUGCUGGUCUCACUGUGUGCUUUAUUACCAUUAUUUUCACUUCAUUGACUUUGAUACCAUGCAACUUUGCGGUCCAACUGGGCCAUUAAACCAUUAACCUCAAUGCUCUGCCAGGAAAGAGGCCUUACACAGAGAUUUUCCCUGUUUGGGAGGUCCUCAUCUGAACCUGAAGAAUUACCUUCAUGCGACUCUGAUACAGCUGUUUCAGACAAAGACUCCUCUGAUGACAUAUAUGCAACGGACAUACAUGCAAGGUACUUGUCCUUGUCUGACUAACUGAUGCUAGUUGACUCCCUCAGAGCAUAUUGGCCCUUUAAUUUUUUUUCUGAAAGAAAAAUGAAGAGCCAUGAUUUAGCAGCCAACAAGUAACCCACAGUUGGUAAACAAGCAUGUACUGCUCAUACUCAGUGUAAAUGACUGGGUUGCAGAACAAUGACACGAUGCUAAAAGCUGAAAACACUCUCUUAAUCAAAGGAACAGUUUGAGGAUAUUUGUGAGAAAAAUUUCUCCCUGCAUUUUAUUCCUACUAACUUUUUCAUUAAAUAUAUAAUAUGUUUUUUGGAACAGGUGUUAAAGUAGAGAGCAGAAAUGCCUCUUUCUGUUGAAUCUGCAUUUGUUUCAUUAAGACUCUUUUAAGUGUAAAUAAAAACUGAAAUAAAUUAAUUCCCCUGUCAUUCAAGAGCAGAACUGAUAGUGUCCCACAGGUCACCAGGCUCUAACAGAGCACAACCAUGACUCAACUGUAUACAUAAACCGUAAAACCGGUCAGAACCAGAGAAACGUAACAUUAAGGCAACCCACAUGUUGCUUAGAACAAUAAUUGAUUAAUUGUGGUUAUUUGGCAUGAUAAAGCCAAACAUUUACUCGCAAAAUGAACUAACAAAGAUCCCUCAACAUCAUUGAGCUGUACAAAAGGUAUAAAUAAUGAGGUAUUGUCAUUUAAAAUGUGGAACAGUAAUAGUGGUCACUUGGAAUGACACUUAUGCCUCAGGAUCUGGCUAGUGCCGUCAUUCGCAAAAUGAGCCAAAAUUAAGAUCUCACAAUAUCACUGAACCAUAUUUAUAAAGCACAAGAGUUUUGGAUGGUACAAUUUAUGAAAGAAGAAUCACUUGUCAUUUAAAUGCAGAACAAUAAUACGGUGGUCACUCAGAAUGACACAUAGGCUUCAAGAUCUGGAAUACGCCGUCACUCGCAAAAUGAACCAAAAUUAAGAUCUCACAAUAUCACUGAACCAUAUGUAUAAACCAUGAGAGUUUUGGAUGGUACAAUUUAUGAAAGAAAAAUCACUUGUCAUUUAAAUGUGGAACAAUAAUGCGGUGGUCACUCAGAAUGACACAUAGGCUUCACUCGCAAAAUGAAAAAAAUGCUGUCACUCGCAAAAUGAACCAAAAUUAAGAUCUCACAAUAUCACUGAACCAUAUGUAUAAACCAUAAGAGUUUUGAAUGGUACAAUUUAUGAAAGAAGAAUCACUUGUCAUUUAAAUGUGGAACAAUAAUACGGUCGUCACUCAGAAGGACACAUAGGCUUCAAGAUCUGGCAUACGCCGUCACUCGCAAAAUGAACCAAAAUUAAGAUCUCACAAUAUCACUGAACCAUAUGUAUAAACCAUGAGUGUUUUGGAUGGUACAAUUUAUGAAAGAAGAAUCACUUGUCAUUUAAAUGUGGAACAAUAAUACGGGUGGUCACUCAGAAUGACACAUAGGCUUCACUCGCAAAAUGAAAAAAAUGCUGUCACUCGCAAAAUGAACCAAAAUUAAGAUCUCACAAUAUCACUGAACCAUAUGUAUAAACCAUAAGAGUUUUGAAUGGUACAAUUUAUGAAAGAAGAAUCACUUGUCAUUUAAAUGUGGAACAAUAAUACGGUGGUCACUCAGAAGGACACAUAGGCUUCAAGAUCUGGCAUACGCCGUCACUCGCAAAAUGAACCAAAGUUAAGAUCUCACAAUAUCACUGAACCAUAUGUAUAAACCAUAAGAGUUUUGGAUGGUACAAUUUAUGAAAGAAAAAUCACUUGUCAUUUAAAUGUGGAACAAUAAUAUGGUGCUCACUCAGAAUGAUACAUAGGCUUCAAGAUCUGGCAUAUGCCGUCACUCGCAAAAUGAACCAAAAUUAAGAUCUCACAAUAUCACUAAACUAUAUGUAUAAACCAUAAGAGGUUUGGAUGGUACAAUUUAUGAAAGAAGAAUCAAUUGUCAUUUAAAUGUGGAACAAUAAUACGGUGGUCACUUAGAGGGACACAUAGGCUUCAAGAUCUGGCAAGUGCGGUCACUCACAAAAUGAAAAAAAAUUAAGAUCUCACAAUAUCAUUGAGCCAUAUGUAUAAACCAUGAGAGUUUUGGAUGGUACAAUUUAUGAAAGAAGAAUCACUUGUCAUUUAAAUGUGGAACAAUAAUACAGUGGUCACUCAGAAUGACACAUACUGUAGGCUUCAAGAUCUGGCAAGUGCCUUCACUCGCAAAAUGAACCAAAAUUAAGAUCUCACAGUAUCACUGAACCAUAUGUAUCAACCAUAAGAGUUUUGGAUGGUACAAUUUAUGAAAUAAGAAUCAUUUGUCAUUUAAAUGUGGAACAAUAAUACAAUGGUCACUCAGAAUGACACACAUGCUUCAAGAUCUGGCAAACUUAUGCUGUCACUUGCAAAAUGAACCAAAUUAAGAUUUCACAACAUCACUGAACCAUAAUUACGUAUAGAUCUAACACAUGAGUUUUUGACUGUAAAAAUUUCAAAAGGGAAAUCAUUUGUCAUUUGAAAUGUAGUAGAAUAUUAAACAAUAAAUUAUAGUGACCACUGCUUUGUCAAGUGCUGUCACCUGAAAAGUACAGUAACCCCAAAGAUCUAACAUAUUAACCCAGCUGUACAACAAGCCAAAUUACUGAAUUAUGGACAUGCUAAGGUCACAUCACCGACUUAUAAUGGUGUAAAAGAAAUGUUUGCCUGCACAGCUCAAGAUCCGGCUACUUAAGAUUAUUCCAUUAAUGAAGACGAUGCGCAACAAAGAGUACAGUUAUUUCUGCAGUAAACAAAAAGGAAUCAAUCAAUGGCAUAUCUGUGCAUGCAUCUUAAAUUUUAAGAUUUAUCUUUGAGGUUUUAAGCUUACGCAAAGUUAUUAGAAAACCAAAGUAAGUAAACGAACCACGAUGUCAAGAAGAACAUACCUUUCUGCAAUCCAGCUGAGUUGAUGACUUGGAAACAGGCUUUAUGUGAAGAAUAUCGCAACUGAUCACUGUCUCUCGAAAAUAACAAAGGUAUAAAUCGUAAUAGAACAGCUGAAUAGAAAGACAGGCUUUCUAUUAUCCGAAAAUAACAAAACUACUCGUUUUGCAACGCUGUAUCGCUUGUGAAGUCCGCGUGAAUUUGAACUGUUCAACGAAAGUUUAUUUUACACUAUUCUAUUGGUUCAAAAGCCGCACGUGACAAUGUAAAUCAAAUCGUGCAUGUGCCAAAGUCACGUGGAAGCCUGGACAACAAACAUGGCGGCUGAUCUUGCGACGGAGUGCAUUCAGGACUACAUUCACCCGGACGAUGAAACUCUGCAAUCUACUAUUGAAAUGACUCCUGGGUUCAAACCUUUCACAUAUUGUGCAUUUUGUUCACCCAAAUUGUAAAUGAUAACGUUUUACGUCAGGGCCUCCCAUUCCGAGACUUCUUGUGAUAUUUUUUUUUUCCGAACCACCGACCCAAUAUCAGGAAACGCAUUCGACGCUAAACGAAAAAAAAGGGGGGAUGGCCUUACCCGAAAUAACCAGCUGCAGCAAGUAAUAUAAUAAACUUUGAGAAGAAUGUGAUGGUGAUUGAAACGGAAAAUGCAAUGGAAAAUCAAAACUUGCGUGAAAUAACACUGUGAAGUUUGGUAAAUGUGCAAACGUUGGUUAAAGUGGUCGUAAAGAUAGUUCUUUGAUCAUAUUUUGCUUAAAUUUACGCCUCUAGUAACCAUAAAUUUACACAGUAACUUUGCUAUGCCAGAAAAUAUCAAGCAAACAUUCAUUUUUGACGUUCGAUUUUUACACAGAGAACAAAAUGGUGGCAAAUUUGAAUCUAAACACCAAAUUUACUAUAGGGAGUAAAAGUGAAACAAAAUAUCCGUAAACUUGAUAUUUACUCCACAUUUACGCCACCCUUGCAGAAAAGUAAACUUUCACUUUCGAACAAAAUUUGCACCAAGAACAAAUAAGUAGCAACAUUAGUACCCUAAAUUUACAAUAGAUUUGCUCAACUAGCAAACUUAGGCAAAUCCGUUUUUUCGUCCAGUGUAGGACAAAAAAAAAAUCAGGAUUCGAACCCAGAAGGACCGCAUUUGAAGAUCCACCACCUGAGUUUAGGCAAGACUUAUGUUGAAAUCACGGCUAUACUAUAUGUCUGGUAGAUUCGCUUCUUUCAUACUGUUCCAAAUAUAGAUUUACAAAAUAGGCAAGUUUCAUCUUUUCUGCCCAAAAAAGAUGGUAAAGGUUGAACUCGGGGAUUCGUGACGGGAAAAUGUUGUAUAUUCGAGCUGUCACUAUCGAGUCCUUCCUAAAGCAAGGAGAACUACACUACACUAGAAAAACUAUGCCAGAAAAUGUCAAAAAUAUAUGAACUCCUCCCACUGCACUAAAACUUCUGGCCCUGGUCGUUCAAAAGUCACAGGAUAAAUCUGUACACUAAGUAUGACUUUACAUUUUCUCUUGGCCUUCAAGAAAGCGAUUGUCAACUGGAUUGCGAUUUAUCCAGUGCUUUGCGCUAUCAUGAACAACCGAUAAACCAACAACAACAUGACAAAUUAACUGAACUAUUUUCAUUGUAGGAAUUUUCCGGAAACACUGACCAUAACACUCCAGUUUUUCACCACUUAAACCCACCAAUAAGGGCACGAUACGUACGUUUUCGACCAGUUGAGUGGAAUGAACACAUAUCAAUGAAGGUGGAGAUGUAUGGUUGUCAAGGUAACUUUUAAAACAAACUAUUUAUUUUCUGGGAUAAAAAUAUAUAGCGCGGACAUAAAGUUUUGAAUUUACGAAAAUCAUAUAUGUGAACUCCGAAGUGAAGAAUUAAAUGAAGGAUGAUCAUCGCAGUAAAAAACACAACUUUUGUAGUUGCGAAAAGAAAGCCUGAAAAAAAUUCAGGCUUGUACGGGAUUUUAACCCUUGCACUGCGAUACCGUGCAUCGCUCUACUAAUUAAGCUAACAAGCCAACUGGGAGCAGGUAGAUGAAUUGUUUCGUUAUAAACCCGUAAAAGGAUGAUGAUGAAGUUUUUAGGAAACGAGAAAGAAUAUGUGGAGUCUCAAUAACACUGAAGCGAGUGCAUUAACACCGUGGUUGCUUGUGAUUAAUGCAUUACAAUUACCCCUCUAGGCAUUCAUUAGUGUCAGAAACUGCAGUUCCCUUAGGAGUACGUUCCCCUGUGGGACUAAUCCUCUGUCGCAGGCAGCCACGUUUCUGUAGACUUUUAGGUCCAGUUACGUUAUGAAACGGAGUUUAGCCAGAGUUUAAGCCAUUUCAGUUUGCUGGACGGUUUUAUGUAAACACCAUUAGUCGUGUGAACGGUUUCGUAAAAGCAUAUGCAUGGCGUACACCCGGAAAAGAAUUUUUGUCAUGUAGACUAGAAUAGCCUGUGUACAGACCCCCCUCCCCACUCCUUCUCCGAUUUUUCCCGAUAGGAGGGGGGUCUGUACACAAGCUAGACUAGAAAGCAUUUUUCCUUAAAAUAAUCCACCCAGGAAGAGAUCCGGUGGUGCAAAGACUUCGUAGACCGCGAUCUAAGGCUUCGUUUAAAUAACUGGCCCUUAGAAACUCGAACUAAUUGAAUUAGUUUCAGAGUCUCUAUUAGAGUCAAGUCUUUUGUGAAUAGCUUCUUUUACCCACCAGUGUCUCUCUCUUCCGCAGCUAAGUCAACAAACUCUUUCUUCAUCGAUCCUAAAGCGUAUGUUGUACGCUCAGACUUGUUUGUGUGUUUAGAAACGGUUACAAUAACAUCAAAACGACAAUUUGCGACUUUCACACGUUCCUCAUGAUGCAAUUAGCCAUUUCCGAGGUUCCCCUGGGCCUCUGUAUCAAAGCGAGGUUAAGUGUUCAGCCUUUGAUAUGGAAAUGAUUUUUCAUUCUCAUGCAAAUAAAACUCAUUUUCACAAGAAAGGUUGUGCACUUGGCCUCAUUUUGAAAGUGAGGGUUUUCGGAACUAGGAAGUAGCCUAUUUGUUUUCCCCACAAAAUGUUGCCUAAGCAUUUUUUCCAGUUUCCUUUAGGACUAACAAUCGUCACUUGAGAAAUUGAAAAAAAAAACUUAUGCAAAAUUUUGUGGGGAGAGCAAAUUGCAUGAUGCGCAACGUUAAAGUCGCAUAUAAUCUUUAAUUUUCCUUCUACAAAACAAAAAUUGAUGGUCCUGAACAGAGCUAGUGGUAAUCUUGGCGGGAGGCCAGUCCGCUUUAUGCGAAGGGAAUGAUUUCUUUUUUUAUUGUUUUCAUGUUUGUCUAUACACAAAGGAGAGAAAGAAUUUAAAGUAUAUUAAGGUUUUUCAGGGCAUAAAGUUUAUCGGGAAAAGCUGGUAUCAGCAAACGCAAACAGCUGUAAACUGUUUAAGCCGCCGGCUGUCGUUAUUUUCCCCAUAUCAUUACAGAUAUUGAUGAGUGUGCAACAGGGGAGCAUAGAUGCGACUUAAAAGCUGUGUGCAAAAACACACCUGGCUCAUAUACGUGUUCAUGCACUUCGCCUUAUCAUGGAGAUGGAUUUACUUGUCAA